AUGCCAAGCACAAGAAAUAUGAGAAAUCUCAGCAUCUGUUUUUCAAAUUCAACUCUAUCAAAAUCUCCACCUGCAAGUCCAACUGCUACUACUACUACUACCAGUGCAACUUCCUCACAUCAACACCAUCAUCAAGUUCAUAACAAACCUUCUUCAUCUACAUCUUCCACAUCAUUUAUGAUUAAGAACUUCAACUCUCUCUAUGAUCCUUCCUUAACCUCUAACCAUACUUUAUGCUCUUCUUCACACUCUACCACUUUCACCACAUCCACAUCAUUCAAUCUUGAUGUCGAACCAGAACCCGAGCUCGAACCUGUUGACUUUGCAGCUGCCUUCGCCUCUCAACGGUUCUUCUUCUCAUCUCCCGGAAGUUCGAACUCGCUGAUUGAAUACACAAACACAAAUUGCAAGCCCAACGGUAUCAAGCAUGAGAAGAAGAAUAAUAAAAAGGUAGAGAAAGAGAAGGUUUUGUUCAACGGAAGCGUGGCUGUAGCAACCUAUUCACCUGAUCCUUAUACGGAUUUCAGAAGAUCGAUGCAAGAGAUGGUGGAGUCGCGCCCGGAGUUGAUGGACGUGAGAUCUAAUUGGAACAUCUUGCAUGAAUUGCUUCUUUGUUACCUUGCUCUCAACCCAAAAAACACUCACAAGUUCAUUCUUGGUGCUUUUGCCGAUCUUCUGGUUACUCUCAUAUCAUUAUAA